UUCUCCCUUUUUCUUUUGUGAUUUGGUCCUUCUCUUUUGAUGCUAGGCGAAACAACAAAGGGAUCGAUUUUCUCCUUCUCACCAUCGAGGAUGGAGGUGACAAGUUAAGGGGAAAGAAAAGAAAAAAUGGGGAAGAGCAUGGGGCAAAACAUGUAUUAAUAAAAUAAAGAAUUUCUUAUAUUGGUUGAUUUUUAAUCCUCUGGAAAAUGGAUGGGGUGGAGAAACAGAAAUUUCAACAUUUUAGCAAAAGAAAUAAAUAUAAAAUAUAUAAAAUGUUAUUUUCCUCUCCCGCUUUUUUCACUUUCCAUUUUGCUAAUUACAGGUCUAACCAAUUCCCCCCAAAAAGACUUCCCUUUUUCCCACAGUUCCGUUACUCUUCUUUCAAAGGAAAGGGUCCCCAGAAGCCCAAUUUUCUUUUCAAAUUUAAUUUUCUCAUGUCCGCUUCUCAAGAGCCGUUAAACCAAUCCCUACAGCUGCAAAAUCAGCAGCUGCCUUUCUCUAUGAAGCCGCCGUUUAUGUCUCCUGGAGGCGAUUAUCACCACUUUGCUUCCACCGAGUCUCGCCGCUUAGCCGAUCAAAAAGGCGAUGCCAUUGUCGUCCAAUCUCCUAGGAAGAGUGACGUAGCAGAUCGAGAAGUUGAGUCUGGUGACUGGGCAAGGCCUCCAGGGUACACUGAAGUUAUUGGCAGUCCUCUCCAGACACCUGUAUCAGGAAAAGGGGGAAAGGCUCAAAAAAUAUCAAGGCUAACAAAGAACAGUAGAUCUGGUCCUCAAAUUCCUGCUUCAAAUCUUGGUUCUCCUGGCAAUAAUGUCACUCCUACAGGUCCCUGCCGUUAUGACAGCUCCUUAGGGCUUUUGACAAGGAAGUUCAUCAAUUUGAUUAAACAAGCUGAAGAUGGUAUUCUUGAUUUGAAUAAAGCUGCUGAUACCUUGGAGGUGCAAAAGAGGAGGAUAUAUGACAUUACCAAUGUUCUUGAAGGAAUUGGUCUCAUAGAAAAGAAACUCAAGAACAGAAUUCAGUGGAAGGGGCUUGAUGUCUCAAGGCCAGGCAAGAUUGAUGAGAAUGUCACUACUUUGCAGGUACAUGCACAUGCAGAGGUUGAGAACCUUUCUAUCGAGGAACGCUGUUUAGAUGAACAAAUCAGAGAAAUGCAAGAAAGAUUGAGGAACCUCAGUGAAGACGAAAAUAAUCAAAAGUGGCUCUUUGUCACCGAGGAAGAUAUCAAGAGCUUACCCUGCUUCCAGAAUGAAACACUAAUAGCCAUUAAAGCUCCACAUGGAACCACUCUGGAAGUCCCAGAUCCUGACGAGCAGGCUGUUGACUAUUCCCAAAGGAGGUACAGGAUUGUCCUCAGAAGCUCAAUGGGUCCUAUAGAUGUUUACCUUGUCAGUCAAUUUGAGGAGAAAUUUGAAGAGAUACAAGGAGCGGAUCCACCUCCAAACUUUCCAUCAACUUCAGGCUUGAAUGAGAACCCAGCAACAACAAUGGUACCAGAGGAAAGCAGAGGGAAGGAGAUUGAAAUGCAGGGGCAAGAUGAUAAUAGAAUGUGCUCAGAUCUUAAUGCCUCACAGGAUUUUGUGAGUGGGAUCAUGAAGAUCGUUCCCUCUGAUGUAGACUGUGAUGCUGAUUAUUGGCUAUUAUCAGAUCCAAGCGUUAGCAUCACUGACAUGUGGCGGACUGAAUCUCUGAUUGAGUGGAGCGAGCUUGGUACGCUAAAUGAGGGCUAUGGCAUUGCCACAGUUAGCUCAACAUGUCCCCAAACACCCACUUUAAAUGCAACAGAAGCACCUUCUGCUAACUCAACCGGGAAGUGAAAGGCAUGUUUGCAUAUGUGAAAAUGAAGUUUCCGGAACCUUUUUUGUUUGUUGAGAGCAUUCCUGGCACUUUGGACAUUAAUGUGAAGGUUCGCAAAAGUUGGCUACUCAAUGUUCUUCAAAGUUAGACGAACUAAAAAACAGGAAGUGGAUGUUCCGAUCUCUGUACAGGUAAGUGAUACUAACAACCCAGGUUCUCUCGUAUGAAUAAGGCCAUAUUUUAUUUUUUAAGUCCAUGUAUAUUAUCCCAUCUUUUGCUUUUAUUGCAUCAACCAGCACAUCUUUUACAUAGGGUCAUAUAGACAUCAUGAGAUGACAAACAAAUGAUCUGAUGUACCUUGUUUUUACUGUAUUGAGAAAUUUUAUGAUGAAAUAAAGAUGUUAUAACUCGUAAGAAA